CAACAGUUGCAAAUCAAGAGAGAACCGGCUACCUAGGAUUGCCAAGAGUACCAUAUGCUCUGGGCCUUCUUUCACGCGAGGUUGCUACCACUUCCACCACAGACAACAAUGAUGAUCAUCAUAAAUCAAUGCCCAGUGAAACCCCUCAUCAGCUCAUGGUAUUGUGGGCACCAUUCCUUCUUAUCCAUCUUGGAGGACAGGACACUGUGACUGCUUUUUCAUUGGAGGACAAUGAGCUGUGGUUGAGGCACCUGCUGAUGCUGCUAGGCCAAGCAUGCCUAGUUGUCUAUGUGCUGUGGAAAUGGGUAACAUUGUCAUACUACCAACUUUUAAUCUCGGCUGCAUUGUUGUUCGUUGAUGGGAUCAUCAAGUAUGGGGAGAGGAUUUGGGCACUCAAGUUGGGGAGCCAGGAAGGCCUCAGGAGUUCCACUAGCACAGAAGCUAAGAAAGCAUCCCUUCAAUUUGGACUAGGAUUCAGUAAUGAAAGAAAAGAGCAGACCUAUCAAGAAAUUGUUAGGUAUGCUCUUCUCAGGGAGCGAGGCGUGCGGGAUAUAUUCGCUGGACGGAAACUCUUCGACAUGGACGAUUUAACUCGCGAGUACUUUCUGUAUCAAUACGAUCGGGAGGUUCCGAGAGGGGAUGCACAACUGAAUUUCAAAAGGGCGGAGAUCGAGCUUAGCAUAAUGUAUGACAGCCUCUACACAAAAUCUCGGGUGAUUCAAACAAGGUCUGGCGCCAUCCUUCGGUGUGUCUCCUUCGCCUCCAUAGUGAUUGCCUUUGUGCUCUAUGUCAAGAUGAUGGUGAGUAGUAGUGCCUAUGCUGAGCAAACAACAUCAGUAUACAACAAUGUCGACUACAGAAGAAGUAGAGUUGAUGCUGCCAUCACCUACAUAUUAUUCAUUGGAGCAGUUUGCUUGGAAGCUUGCUCAUUCUUCGUUGUGAUGAUCAUGUCACCAUUGGAGUGGCCAUUGUUGGAAGCUCGAGCUGGAUGGUGUCGUGUGCUGCUCACUCGAGUGGCCUGGCCUAUGUUCAUGAGGAUCCAACCAGAGACCAAGCCAUGGUGGUCAAACUCAAUGGGACAGUACAACUUCUUGAGCUCCUGCUGCAACAAAAGCAGAAGCACGGACAGAAGGUGGAGUAGCACUGUCAUCAUGUCAAAGAUGGCAGGCGUAUUUGGAGCUAGUGAACUGUGGAACAAGAUAAGAAACACCAAGCAUGCCCACAUCACAAGGGAGAUGAAGGAGCUUAUCCAUGAAACAAUAGGUCAUGACAGGGGGUGGCUUCCUGAGCGCAUCUGCGUUCCAAGUGCUUAUAGAUCACUACUUGUCCUCCCCUUCGAGAAGGCCUUGCUAUCGCUACACAUUUGGACAGAUGUGGUGAUGCACAAGGUGGCGAAGUCGAUGAUGGUGAGCAGCAGUGGUCGGCUCCCGAUUGACCUGGCCGUCCAAGAGCAAGACCAAGAGGCAGCACAGCGGUGGCGGCGUCUUAUGGAUAACUGCAAGAGGCUAUCUGAGUACAUGUUGUACCUGCUGCUGGCGCAACCUGCCAUGCUACCCGUGAGCAGCAACGUGCAGGAUUUUAUGGUAGCAGCGGCUGCCUCAGACUGGUCCAGGGGUGCCUCCUCCUCCAACAGCAAGGUGCAGGAUUUUAUGGUAGCAGCCGAUGUUGCCUCCAGAAAGGAGAAUUUUCUUGAGUGGUUGGCUUCAGAAUAUGAGGGUCCUGGUCUGGGCUUCUGGAAGGAGCAAACGGUGGUGCUAGAAAAUCAACAGGGCAUCAAUGCCGAGCUGGCGAUACUAGAGAAGGUGUGGGUGCGGAUGCUCGUCUAUGCAGCUGGAAAGUCCCGCCCGGAAGAGCAUGCCCGACGCCUGAGCACCGGGGGAGAGCUCAUUACUUUCGUUUGGCUGCUGAUGGCGCAUCGGCGUACUGGUGACGUGGAGCGCAGUAUCAGCCUUAUCAAAGAUGAUUUCAGCGCAGGACAUCUUUUUGAGCUAACUACUGCUAGCAUACCAUACUGUAGGCAAAUUGAUAUGGAGGAGUCCAUUACUACUUGACUUAAUUGAUUGCUUCCAUGCUGGUGUGGUGUGGAGAUUCAAGGAGUGGUCUGAACAAUAUUGAUGCACUGCACAUCUAUUUCAGCACAGACUCCGGUCGUCAGUUAUGGAGACAUUGCUAUAUGUGCAAAGGGUAGUCAUGACAUUGCUUGCUUCAUCAUCGCAAUAGCAACUGUCCAUGGUGAGGUUAAUGCCCUGUACUACGGUCUGCAGUAAAUAAAUAAAUGCCCAGAAAUAUCAGUAGUCGGUUCUUUCAGGCCUGGUCCAUUGAGGGGGUGGGGAGGUGGUGCUCGAACUGAUCAGGCGGGGGGUUAUCUUCCUACUCUCCCUUCCUUGUAUGAUCUUUAAUUCAUGAUGUUUUUUUUUUGGCUUGGCUAGCUAGCUGCUCAACUUGUAUUGUGCCCGUGAUGAUGUAAUAAUAGGCUAGUUGCUUAUAUGUAUUAACAAGAAGUUGUUCGAUCUUCUUUACAUUUAUGCCUGCUACUGCUAGCUAGCUGUUUACUUAUCCUUAUCAAGGCCACAAGUUUUUAUAUAUGUUGCUGAAUCUUAUAAGCUUGCAUUGUUCUUACAUGCAACUUAAUUAUAGCUUCAGGCUUUAAUCUGAUUCGCGGUUGUGUUUUGAACAAUUUAUACCUAGUCAUUGGGCAAGCUAGGUUCUUUUUCCCAACGGAUGUAA